AGCCCAGCCCUUCACGAUCCUAACCUGGCUGACGGCUACAUUACACUCUUGGGUGGGGCUGGAGCUUUUAUGUUAUAUCCUCACAUCACCCACUGUCACUGUCACUGCGCAAAGACGCAUAAGACACUGAGCGGACAGAUUUCGGCUCCUUUGCUCGCCUUUCCUCUCCGUGUACACCGCUGAACGCUCGCUGAUCGUCGGUCAUGUUUCGCUGUGGGAUCGCCUACCCUCGAUGCAAGUGGAUCAUUCCCCUGCUUCUGCUCUUCGCCAUUAUUUUUGACCUUAUCGCCAUCUGCGCACAGUCGGGAUGGGUAGAGGACGAGGACGCCAAGUCUCACUACGCCAGUAUGUGGAAGCAGUGUCGCGGCUUAAAAGACAACUGGCAGUGCCAGUCGCUCAUGGACUACUCUUGGGCCCAGGCAGUCGCUGCUCUAAUGAUCAUCGGUCUAAUCAUCCUCAUCAUCGCCUUCAUUUUGGCCACUGUGGCGAUGUGUAACGUCAACGUUGGUCUUAUGGUUGGCACAGCAGCAUUCUUGAUCGUUGUUGCGAUUAUCCAAAUCAUCGCUCUGAUCAUCUACCCAGUCAAAUUCAAUGAGCUGAUCUUUGAGGGUAACUAUUACUACACCUGGGCCUAUGGAUUUGGCUGGGGCGCCACCAUCAUCUCCAUCGGCUGCGCCAUCCUCUUCUGCUGCCUGCCGAGAUAUGAGGAUGAACUCCGCGGUGAUGUAAAACCCAAAUACCUCUAUUCUUCUGAGUAAGGAAAAAACCUGGGGACCCACCCAGUCAUAGCCAUUUCCACUUUUCACUCUGAGCUGCAUCUGGACUGGCCGCUGAACAUUUUUACACUGUGCCGUUUCACCAAAGAUUUCCAAUGGCUUAUUCAGUUUAAUUUGGUCCAGCAAUGGGAAAACCACUCUUCUACAAUCUGUGAGUGAAGUUAUAAGCAAGAAGUGAUUCCUACUGGGAGUGGACUGCAAUUGGGAACUGCAUCUACUUUAGUACACAGAUCUCUAUUUUAGAUUAAUUAAGAAAAAAAUAAUAAUCAUGAUGGUAUUUUUUGUUUUUGUCAUAUAAAACACACUUAUCAAUUUACCUGUACUUUUAUAACUGUAACUCUCUAACACAGUCUCACAGCACUUUGUGAAAUAGUUGCAAACGUCAAUCAAAGGACCAAGAAACAGACAAACAUUAAUUUUACACUUCAUUUUGAUUUUUGAUUUGAUAUUUUUUAUAAUUCUAUAUGUUUGGUUACACACAUUCCUGGUUAUAUUUAGGAAAACUGUAUCGCUUGGGUUAAACUACUAUAUUUACUACAUGUUUUUAUAUGUCCCUACAAAGGAUAGUAUAGAAAAGUUAAAUAAAUAAAAAAUAAAAUAAUGACCAUAUAGUCAACUAAAUAGCUCACAUUUUGUGAAUAUUUCACAAAUGGACCAUGAGACUGUGCUUUAUUGUCAAUGCAAGAUCACCUAAGUGCACUCAACUUAAAGGAGGUUAGGUAUAAAGCUUUUUUUUUUGCCUGAUUUGUCUGUAUCUCCUUGAAUAGAUAAGCAAUCCAGACUCAAAUAUUUUGCACAGGAUAUCAAAUCAGUCAGUAUCAUUUCUUGGAUUUGUCCUGUGUGCCAUCAUUAGUUUUUCUGUGUGUCUUUUGUUCUGUAUGUUGCCGUGUAUAGAAGAUAAGAAGGAGACUUAGCUUCUGGAAUGUAAUCUAGUUAUACAGAAAAUAUCCAUGUGGUUCAACUUUCCUGUUUGUAACAUUUUAUACAUUUUCUUAUCCAUUUGCUGUUUGUCUUCAUAGUUCUGUUCUAAAUUUCCAUAUUACCAAAGGGAUAUAACUGUGGGAGCUCACUGUGCCGUUUUGUCUGGAUGUGUUAUUAAGUAGAGUGAUUGAAGGUAACAAUAAAAAUGUUUUUAAAAAAUGCAGGAAGGGACUAAUAUUCUGAGAAAUGGCUCAUAAUUUCCCCAUAAGUCACAAAAAACCUAUUUAUAACACAAAACUUCUAUUAUGCCUCUAAUAACUUAAUUAAAUCACGGCCUAAAUUGCGAUCAGAUUUGGCGAACAGCAGUGUAGGAAACACUGACAAAGUUGUGAAGUGAAGCAAUUUCUGCUUCACUUUGGAAAAAUGUGUUUUGUUUCUUGUAAUUUUUAGUAAACACAAUGUCAGAGACAAUCUUCACCUGAUUUUAGGAACUUAAUCUUUUGACAUUUUUCUUAGCCUCACUUCUCACCUCUCCUCCUCUGUUGUCAAUACCCCAUCAUGAAUACUGCUAAUGAUACACUUCUCGAUUAGAGCGGCAGUUUGAUGAUUGCUGUGAUCCCGGAAAAAGAAGUUGUUUUCUUGUUUUCUGACUUCGCAGUGCAUGUUGCUUCUCUGCGUGCCACUCUAAACUGGAAGACAAUAUAAAGAAAUUUCCACUGAACGCAAUGAUUAAUUUAACAAAAGCAAAAAAAAGGAACAACUCGUUUCCAGAUUAUUUUUUUUUACCUUUAUCAAACUUAAUAACAACUGAUAUUCCUGUCCACAUCAUAGUUAUUUUAGAACAUCUAAAUGUGGUAACAUUUUUGUUUUAGGUGGUCCAAAAUCUUUUGAGCCGCCUCAUUCCAUAACAACGUCAAAAUCUUUCUUUAAAGGGAAUUAAGUUGAUGUUUUUAAUACUGGCAGAUUGCUGACAGAUGACCAAACGUGUAUUUUAUAAAGGCCGCCAAAAGUUCUCAUAAUGCCACUUUGGUCGACAUUUUCUUGUUUGAUAAGACACAGAGACAAUGUUGUACAAUCAUCUGACUUACUGUGUGGACAACUUGUGCCUUAGCUUCUUCAGUGUUGUGUUUCUGAAUCCUUGAAUGUUCGAUCCGGUAAGUCAGGUUUUACUGACUUAUGACAACUUUGUUUGUGUUGAGACAAAUUUCAUGCCCAAGCAAGAUGAGGUUUUUCUAAUCAAUUAAAGAAAGAAUUCCAAAGAAGUCGUUAUUCGUAAUUGAUUCUCGAUUAUUGGCCACAACCCCAGUUUAAGCGUUUCGCAUUUAUUGUAGAUUGUAUAAAGUUGUUGCUAAAUAACAACCGUUCUUUUAUACUUUUUAAUGAGGGCAGGUUUACUCUUCCUAACUUUAUUGCAACUCUUAAAAGUGAGGCAAAAACAUGUUUUUGCUUUAGGGAUGGAUCUUUCUUUUUUUUUUUAGUUCCAGCUUUAUAUAUCAUUAGUAACUGUAUGGAUGUAUGCUGUUCUGUAAGGACUGUCUCACUGGAAAUCUCCUUGCUGGUUUUCUGCUGUAGUUUGAAUAAUUUUGGUAGCGUGUGUAUUUUUAUGCAAUAAAGAGUUUUUCGGAAAGA